CUGCUGGUAAGUUCUUCAUAUACAUUCGCUUCCUUUUCCGUUUGGCUUUGCAGAAAGAAUCAAAAUGGUACAACGACUAACCUAUCGGCGGCGUUUGUCGUACAAUACAAAAAGUAACAGAAGACGCGUCGUUCGUACUCCUGGUGGUAAAUUAGUAUAUCAAUAUUUGAAGAAACCUAAAAAAACUCCAAGAUGUGGUCACUGCAAAGAUAAGCUCAGAGGUAUUCAGCCUGCAAGGCCAAUGGAACGUUCACGUAUGUGUAAGAGAAAGAAAACAGUCAAACGCGUAUACGGUGGUGUCCUUUGUCACAAAUGCGUUAAAGAAAGGAUUGUCCGCGCUUUUUUGAUUGAAGAGCAGAAGAUCGUAGUUAAAGUUAUGAAAGCACAGCAAGCAACUGAGAAGACAAAGAAAACAGACAAAUAAUAAUGAUUUUUAUUAAUUAAAUAAAAUAAAUAUAAAAUUACCAAAAAA